UCUGUCAUCCGCGAGGCCGAACUGCUUUCCAGCUCUCUUUUUCGCGUGUGCGACUAAGUUCGCCAUUUGUGUGUUUGCGAGUAAUCGCUUUUGUCGUCGGGAAAUUCCGUCGUUAAACCCACGAGACGUGCUUGAAACUAGACCGAACAGCACCGGAAACCACCAUGCCGAAGAAUAAAGGAAAGGGAGGAAAGAACCGUCGUCGCGGUAAGAACGAAAACGAGUCGGAAAAGCGUGAGCUGAUCUUCAAGGAAGACGAACAGGAAUACGCACAGGUCACGAAAAUGCUCGGCAAUGGCAGGCUGGAGGCGAUGUGCUUCGACGGUGUCAAGCGACUGUGUCACAUCAGAGGCAAACUCCGAAAAAAGGUCUGGAUCAACCAGGGCGACAUCAUCCUCAUCGGUUUGCGUGACUACCAGGACUCGAAAGCGGACGUCAUCCUCAAGUACACCCCGGACGAGGCGCGAAAUCUCAAGACCUACGGCGAGUUCCCAGAGUCGGUGCGCAUCAACGACACAGUCACAUUCGUCGACAACGACCUGGACGAUGACAUCGAGUUCGGUGACGAGUACAGUUCCGAGGAGGAAGUGGACGCCGUCGAUGCUAUAUGAUCGGUCACCGGCAAGAGCACCAGCAGUCAGUAGCAGCUGCAACAACAGCAUAUAAACACACACAGAAAAAGAAAAUUCCGAUUGUUUCGUGACUUGUUCAGUAUAAUUACAUUACACUCAAAGCAUAUUUAACAGCAAAAGGGGGGAGGAACGGUUCCAAACUUCCAAUCUCCGGAUUGGGUUCCACGUCCCAGUUGGGAUUGCACGAUCCGCAACUGGGAGAACAAUUUCAACAACCAAUUGUGAAGUGGGAGUAACAAAAUUAUUAAAUGAGACAGGCAAAUAUAUUCACAUGCAUUGUUUUAUUUUAUUAUUUAAAUGCAUUGUCAUUGAA